AUGGGCACGAGUGGGACGGAGCUUGGUGUCAGUUUAGUGAACGGAAAAUGGUAUACGGCGGGGAGGAGCGAUCCCUUGAAGGCUGGAGCCGGAGUACUUCUCCGUGAGCCGAAAGAGCUCAACAUCGCCAUCAUCGCUCAUCGUUUCAACACUUUCAUUCACAAAGGAGCCAUUUUUGAAUGGCCAGAGCAGGACCUGAUGGCGUCGUCGCAGGUGGAUAGCAUCAAUGCUAAAAAGGAUGGCGGCAUCAGGCACAGUGGCGAAAAAAAACCCUGCCCUGUGCACGCGCCAGGCUCGGGCGACGUCAAACGGGGCUUCCGCAAGAGCAGGAACAACGACUACGUGAAGAUCUCCAUGAAGGAGGCUGAGGUGAACCGCCUGCCGGCCGAGUGGUGGAAGACCUUGCUUCUCUUCUUCUACAUCACCUUCAGCAUGGUGCUGACCACCGUGGUCAUCACAGCGGUCCACGAGAAGGUUCCACCCAAAGAGGAAAUCCCACCGCUUCCCGACACCUUCUUUGAGUACAUCGACAGGGUCAAGUGGGCCUUUACAGUCACGGAGGUCAAUGGGAUUGUUCUGGUCACUGUUUGGUUGUUGCAGCUCUUCUUCUUCCAACACAAGUCCAUAGUAUUACGACGCUACUUCUUCAUCGCGGGUACUUUGUACUUGUACCGCUGCGUCACUAUUUACAUCACCACCCUGCCUGUGCCUGGCAUGCACAUGAACUGCGCGCCUAAGCUGUACGGAGACUUCUACGGCAAGUUCUGGCGAGUUCUGAAUUUGAUAUCCGGUGCCGGAAUGUCCAUGACCAAUACCACCAUAAUGUGUGGCGACUUCCUGUACAGCGGACACACCAUGGUGCUCACUCUCACCUACCUGUUUAUCAAGGAAUACUCGCCACGUUCGUUCUGGUGGUACCACUUGAUGUGCUGGUUGCUGAGUGCAGUCGGUGUAGUGUGCAUCCUGGUGGCACGCGAGCAUUACAGUGUAGAUGUGGUCGUGGCCUACUAUAUCACCACGCGACUGUUUUGGUUCUACCAUAGCCUGACUACGCAGUGCCAGUGUUCCCCAAACAACUACCUCACCAAAACCUGGUGGAACCCUCUGUUCAACUUCAUGGAGCGCAAUGUCAAGAAACCUGUGCCGCGGGAGUACGGCUGGCCAAAGAGCUGGGCACCGGCCUGCCUCAAGAACCCCUGUAAGAAAUACUCCAUGGUACAGAGCACACGUGAUGAGUGA